UUAAGGAGCAAUGCAAACCAUCAGAAAGAUUGAUAUGCAAAUGGCCCCUAAAGCAAAGUUCUCUGAUUAAAUUUUUUAACCACAGCGAUGGCAGAUCAGCAACUGUAUGACAAUAUAAUUUUUAUUCUAGACAACGAUUCAUGUACUGUUUAAGACUAUAAAAGUUGUUAAAAGUGGAAUGGAACCUGUUUGUGUUGCAGAUAUUGAAGCUAUAGCAAAAACAAAGUUGCCUGAAGAUGCCUGGCAGUUCUACAAGAUGGGUGCUGAUGAUGGACAAGCAUUGUCAGAGAAUAGAAAUGCUAUUGAUAGAUUGCGUAUACCCCCACGUCUUUUGCGAGGGAUCCAAGAAGUUGAUACAACAUGCUACAUCCAGAAACAGACAAUAGCAUUACCGAUAUGUGUUGCACCAACAGGCCUUCACAAACUUGCUCAUCCUGAUGGUGAAAGCGGGACUGCCAAAGGACAAAUAUAUUUCCUCAUGAAGACAUCAGAAUUGAAUAAAAUAGGGAAAACCUAUAUGUGUAAACUUAUUAUAGCUGCUGCUAAUUAUAGAAGUUGUAUGGUUGUCAGUUCGUUCAGUACAACAUCAUUUGAAGAACUUUCAAAAGCUGCACCAAAUGCUAUUUUUUGGAGUCAAGCAUACAUUUACAAAGACAAUCAGGUUCCUAUUGAUUUCGUUCAAGGAAUCGAAAAUGCUGGUUACCAAGCUAUUAUCCUUACCGUUGAUACUGCAACAAGAAAAUUAAACAAGUAUCAGAAAAUGCGCGAUUUGCUAGCUAGUAAAAAUGAAAGAAUUUACACAGAAGUUCUCACAGAUGAUGCUGUAAAAGUUGCAGUAAGCUGGAGUGAUGUUGAUUGGUUGAGGACAGUCACCAAACUACCAAUAUUGCUGAAAGGUAUUAUUACAAGAGAAGAUGCAUUAGAAGCUUUAAAGCAUGAUGUUCAGGGGAAUAUUGUUUCCAGUCAUGGAGGAAGACAAUUAGAUGGAGUUCCCUUCACGAUUGAAGUACUUCCAGAAGUAGUACAAGGUGUUGAGAAAGUAUUUCAAAUGCUGAAGGAUGAAUUUGAAAGAGCCAUGUUACUUGCAGAAUAUAGAAGAUUAUAUUAAAGCAACAAUAUCACACUUUUUAAUUUGGAACCACAUAAGUUUGUUUUGUGAUGAGGUUGGUAAAUUGAUUGGUAAAAAAAAUUUUAUAGUUAGCUCAUGAAAAAAUAUGCUUCGUGUUUUAGAAUUUAAAAAAUUAAG